UUUGGGAUUUACCCAACUUUGUCAUUAUUAAAAAAUCACAAAAAACAAGUUUUAUAUUAAAUAAAACGACAGGAGUGAUACAGGUUGGCUACCUUGCUUCAACAGUCGUACCAACCCAAACAAGUUAAGUCGCAAAUAACGCUUUUCCUCACUUUUUAUCGCAAACUACUCAUUGAUGUUAAUAAGACGUCUCGUGGGUCUAAACCGGAUUAAAAAUUACACUACAGGGCCCCAAAUGUCGGUCAAAGACAUCGUCAAGACUCUCCAGUCGUUUGCCCCCUUAAAUCUUGCCGAAAAUUGGGACAAUGUGGGCCUCCUCGUCGACCCAAUGACCGACAAACAUGUCAAAACAAUUCUAUUAACAAAUGACCUCACCGAGGAUGUGGUCAAUGAAGCUAAAAAUUUCCAAGCAGGGCUCAUUAUCUCAUACCACCCUAAUAUAUUCCAAGGCCUUAAAACAGUCUCCGAUAAGACUUGGAAAGAACGAAUCGUAAUUCAGUGUAUAAAACACGAAAUUGCGGUUUUUUCGCCCCAUACCACGUGGGAUUGCAUCGAAGGGGGCGUUAACGAUUGGCUCGCCUCAGCUUUCGAUUACAAAUCGAUUGAACCAAUCAAACCGUUGGAAAACCCGAGACAAGGGGCAGGGCGUAUUCUUACACUAGCCACGCCCAUUACACUAGAAAAUGCCGUCACAAAUGUCAAAAAACAUGUCGGAGUGAGGAAUCUCAGACUGGCAUUGGCUAGAAACAAGACUUUGUAUUCGAAAAUUGAAACUGUGGGGCUGUGUGCCGGCUCAGGGGCUUCAGUUUUAAGGGGGCUUAACGCCGAUUUGUACCUAACUGGUGAAAUGUCGCAUCAUGAAGUCCUAGAUGCCACCCAAAAUGGGGUACAUGUCAUUCUAACCGAACAUAGUAAUUCCGAACGGGGGUUUUUGGGGCGUUUCCAGAGACACUUAAUCGAUAUUUUCCAAAAUUCGGUCAAUGUUAUCGUUUCUAGUGUUGAUAGGGAUCCCCUAAUUGUAGUUUGAGGUGGCUUUGGAAUAAAAAUGUCGUUUCAAAUGUUUUAUAUUGACCAA